AUGUGUUUACGUCGUUUGGCAACACUAGUUUUCACGUGUAUGGUCUUGUACACGGACCAGAUGCAGAUAACCGGACAGGAAGCACAAGAAAACUUCAGUAAGCUGAAAAUACCGGAAACAUGCAAAGAAACGCCGAGGAAUUCGUCGGGUGUUUUCCUGAUACAUCCGGACAAAGGAUUUGGAGAGCCGUUUUUCGCGCUGUGCGAUCACACGUAUGAGUCUGGAGGCUGGACCGUGAUCCAGAAUCGGUACGAUGGUUCGGUGAACUUUUAUAGAGAUUGGUGCAACUACAAGCAAGGUUUUGGACAUCUGGACCGCGAGUUUUGGUUGGGUUUGGAUCGGAUCAACAGGCUAACUACUGCAAAAACCCACGAGCUGCAUAUUGAGAUAACCCAUAAACAAAUUACAUAUGUCGUCAAAUACACCAAAUUUGUUGUAGCAAGCGAGACCGAGGCUUACAAACUUGAGUUGGGAAGUUACAGUGGUCCGAAUGGAGCAGAUUCGCUGACGCCCCAUAUUGGCUGCAAGUUUACCACUUUCGACCGGGACAACGAUGACCAUCCAGAGAAUUGCGCUGCUUUGUAUAAGGGAGCUUGGUGGCAUCAUAAAUGUCAUCACUCAAAUUUGAACGGGAUUUAUGGAGAAAACAGUACUAGUGGAAUGGUAUGGUUUUGGACUGAUUAUUAUGCCCUCAUCACCAAGACUAGAAUGUUAAUAAGAAGCGUGUAG